AUGGACGCUGAUAAAUAAAAACAUGAAUACACCGAAAAUCCACCACCUCUCCUCUCAGAUUGGGCAGAAAAUAAUAUCAUCUAGCAGGAUCCCAUACUUUGGAGUCCGUAAUUCCAUUCUGUCCAAGAAGAAGAGUGGUCUGGGUUGGAUGGCAGUUCCAACUCGAGGGUAUACCAUUCCAUCUACCCCUGGAUCUGGUGCUGGUAAGGGAGGGGGUGCAGGGGGCUCCGUGAGGGAAUCCGGAGGGGCUUUAGGACAGUACGGAGCUGCCCAUGAAGAAGAAUUCUUCUAUAACAAGCAGAGGGAGCAGCUGGAGAAGAUGAAAACAAAACUGAAGAAGGAGGAAGCUAAACCCCCGAAGAUUACGAGGAAGGAAGGUGGCGAAGACCAUUAGGACUGUAUAGUUUAUAUUUUGAUACUCUGUUGAA